AUUCCACGGCGCGACUUACGAUAUAUCAGUAUUAAAUUAUAGACACGAUAAAAUACAACAUCAUGUCAAAAUUGGUAUGUUUAAUAAUGUUAGUGGCUUCGGCAUCGGCUGCUCGUCUCGAUCACUUGUUGCCAGGGUACAGCUACAGCGGUGGUAAUUAUAACAGUGGCAACAAUGCGGCCCCCUUUAACUUUGAAAAUAUUAAUAACGGCGAUGGCAGCUACAGGUUCAGUUAUGAUACGCCGACGGGCAUCUCGGCGCACGAGAGUGGGGCUCCCCGUGCUCCGGGCCCCGAGGGCCCUGCUGUAACCGCAGAAGGAGGGUUCUCCUAUCGGGCCCCAGAUGGACAACAGAUCUCACUCACAUACACCGCCGAUGAGAACGGUUUCCACCCAGUGGGUUCACAUCUUCCUACCCCACCGCCGAUUCCUGCUGCCAUUCAGCGCUCCUUGGAAUACAAUAGACAAAACCCUUCAAACGGUGGCCGCAACUAUUACUAAGACCGGACGUACCUCAACAAGCAAGGACUGUGAUACGCAAUGAUAUUUUAAUUAUUUUUUUAUUUGUAUACAAGCAAUAA